AUGGCCUUCAUCGUCUUCUCGGGCCACCCCAGCAGCGGGAAGUCGCUGCUGGCUGCCAGAUUGCAGAAGAUGGUCCAAGAGGAAGGCCGUGCAUGCCUCGUGAUCAGCGAGGAGUCCCUGGGCCUGACCCGCGACGGCUGCUACAGCGAUGCACGGAGCGAGAAGGUCGCGCGAGGCCAGCUCAAGGCCGAGGUCGAGCGCUGCAUCGGGCGGCAGCACGUGGUCAUCCUGGACUCCAUGAAUGCCAUCAAGGGCUACCGCUACGAGCUGUACUGCCUGGCGCGAGGCGCGGCGGUGCGCUACUGCAUGGUGCACGUGGACACGCCCAUAGAGACCUGCAGGACCUGGAACGAGGCUCGUCCAGCCGACGCGCGCUACGCCACAGCCGUCUUCGCCGACCUGGCGGGCCGCUUCGAGCGCCCAGACUCUCGCCAGCGCUGGGACGCACCCCUGUUCACCGUCCGCCCCGCCGCCGCGGAGGGCGAGGCGGAGGUCCAGGCGCAGCUGCGCGCCGUCCUCGUCAGCGCGCUGGACCUCGCCCAGCAUGCUGACCGGGAGCCGGGGUCGGAGGGGCGGCCGGUCCCGCCAGCCAGCAGAGCGCUGGCGCCCACCAUCGCCACCACUAACGCCAGACUGUCCUCCACCAACCUGUUGCACGAGAUCGACAGGGGCGCGCACCAGGUGAUGGACGCCAUCUCUGCGGCCCAGGAGCUGAGGCCGGGUGGUGCCCCAGGGACAGUCCAAUUCUCCGGCGAGAUCCCAUCGCUGCGCAUGGACAGGCCGAUGCAUGUGGCCGAGUUGCGAAGACACAAGCGCGCCUUCCUCCGCCUGGUCACGAAUCUGUCGCUGACAAAGGCGCCAGAUGCCGUGACCGCCCAGAGGAUGUUUGUCGACUACCUUGCAGACCAGCUCACCCAGCAAUGA